CCUCGUUCUACCCGGACUACCGACUUCUGCGACCCGGAUCGGGGAGCAGGGCUCAUCUUCAAGCAUGAGAUCAUAUUUCUGUUCCCUUCGCCAAAAUCGAAAGACACCCGUCUGGAGGGAGGAGGAUGACACACCUGGUCUCGGCAAACCACUGAAGGCAAUUAUCUCGGUCUCUGCUCGGCUGAGUCACUGAGUACCCGGGGUCGAAAAUGAAUGCCUUGCGUAUAUGCGAAGCUUGCAGCAUUUGAACAGCCUCAACCUGUGUGCGCGCAUCGGUGUAGGCUUUUCGGAUAUUGCCAAGAAGGGUAAGACAGUAAAGAGAAAUGACCAAACGCCCCCGACACACCAAUCGCUGCGAUUGACUCUUUCGCCGCACGAUCCAUUCCCUCUAGUCAGAAUCUGGAUUUACUACUCGCAGAAUCGAGCGCUUGGUUUCCAGCGAAAGUGAACCCCCAGAUACCUGCAUUGGCCAGAGACCCAUAGCUUUCCGUUCCCCUAUAAUGCUCUGGAAGCAAUAUCAGAGCCGUAUCCGCCACCCGUGCUCUUCUUGAUACUUCACAUGCUGCGGCGAUUACAAUGUCAAUACUCUGCCCAUUGAUCUCGAAGAGGGUGUUACCACCCACUCUGUCUCUCCCACUUCCGACAGUAAAAAACGGUCCAGUAUGUAACUCCCUGAGUUUAUUAGAUCUUUGAGCUCCUUCAAGAGGGAGCCAUAGCCCUAGGAUUUAGUCAAAUC